AUGGGGGACUCCGUCGACGCGAUAUUGGAAUUUUUGAGAAGGAAUAAGUUCGACAGGGCUGAGGCUGCACUGCGAGGAGAGCUGGGCAGCCGACUGGAUUUGAAUACGGGGAUGGCUGUUUCUGAAGAAAAAGAAAAAGAAGAAGCUGGUGGGAGAAAUCAUGUCACGAAGCAAGGCUCCUCUGCGACAAGGAGCGAGGACAUUUCUAAUGAGCUUGUUGUCAAGGAGGUUGAGGUCGGCAGCGUCAGAAGCCGCUCCGACAGUAAGAAAGGUCCGACAUCUGUCUCAGGAAAUGAUAAUGCUUCAGUUGAUCUUUAUCCAUGGGCGUUCUCUAGUGAGGCCUCCGCUGAUCCUGUGUCGUCUAAAGAUAGUAGUUCAUUAUCUGCCAGUUUCUCGGCGCUGUCGCUUUCAGGCAAAUCAAGGCACCAAUCCGGUACCAGUGCCUCUGAUAAAUGCGAUUCCUUUGUCCAAAACAGCAUGGAUACAUUUGGAGAACACGUAAUCUCGAGGUCUGGGUCGAACAAGAGCAAGGUUGAAGUAAAGGUCGGGAGCAGCCAAACUAAUGACUCUAAUGCCGGUGUUGCCUGCUACGCCAAUGAUUUGCCAGAUAAUCCGUGGUCAAAAAAUGAGGAAUCGUGGAGAGAGUGCUCUGUCAAAACUGUCUUUCCUUUUUCCAAGGGGGAUGCAUCCUGCAGUCGUGAUAUUUCUCUCAGAACUGGUGAUAGUAAAAAGGAUAAGAGGAAGAUAGUGGAAAGCGACGAUACCACUGGCGCGUUCAUAGAAGUAGAGGAGAUGAAUAGGCCUUUCCCAUUUGGAAAGCCCCAUGAAUCUGAAGAGCCGGCGAGGAUUGAAUCUUUUGAUCUGCCACGUAUGCCUGAAAAUCACAGGGAGGAACUACCAAGGCUACCUCCUGUAAGGCUGAAGUCCGAGGACAAACCUGCGCAUAUACAUUGGGAAGAAAAAGCUUAUCAUCAUGGGACAGAAAUCAAGCUUACUAAUGCAGAUAGCACAUUCUUGAUUGGCUCUUUUCUUGACGUCCCAAUCGGGCAAGAGAUCAACUCUUCUGGUUUGUCACACUUUGCCUGCUUUUCUUCAUUUUACUCACUGCCUGGUCUUCCUAGUUAAUGGCAAUGGAGAGAACAUCCGGGUUGUUACCGUUGAUGUCUGAUAUUUAAUCAUAAGUUCCAUGGUUCAAUUUCUAUUCAUAGAUAAAAUAUGCAAGUAGUUUUGUUUUUUUAAAUUGUCCAUAUUUUUUUGAUAACUUUCAAAGUUGGAUGUGGAGGUAUUGAAUCCAAUUAUCUGUUGUAGACUUGUCUGUAUAAUUUUUUUCGUGUCUAGAUUAUUUUUUCUUUCCUCAUGGAUUAGUGGCCACUGGUGCUUCAUUACGCGAUUCAUAGGCAAUGACUGAAUUUCUACAUCGUCACUUUUAAAAGUUGAGGGUCGAUAAGAAUGAUAUUGCUAGGAUCUUGACAGAGGCUUUGGCUUUUGUACAAGAACUUGUGGAAGUGAGAGUAUGCCACAAAAUUUGUUUGACUUUGUUUUCUUGUUCAUUUUGGUUAUAUUCCGACCGGAGACAUUGGUUGAAGUGACUUUAAACCAGAAUAUGCUUGGGAUACCUUUAUAAAUUAUUUUUGUAUAAGUUCGUGGACCACAGCAACCCAAAAGUCAGUGUAAACUAAUUAGGAAUUCAUAUCACAUAAGGCAAAUGUCCAAUGGGAUACCACGUAAAAUUUUGCUGAAAACUUUAAUUCAUUUUGGACGUGUAUAAGUCUAAAAAAUCGUAGAGGAGUCUUGGCGAUGCUUUAUGAUGUAGGAGAUGAUUAAGGGGACUAGAUAUGCAGUUAUUUGUGUUACCUUGGAUGAUAUGUAUUUGUUAAACCGUGAGGAGUUCUUGUGGCAUCGUUAAUGAUUCAAGUGGAUGAUGUCUCAGUUUUGGCCCCUAGGAAACUUCAGGUUGUGGGCUACAGAUCUUGAUCAAUUAUAGGUUAUAUGUGUUUCAAAGUUCUGAUAAUCACUCAUUUGUUUUGUACGGAUUGUUAUGCGGUAAAGGAGAGGUGUAUUGGAGGCAGUUAAGUAGGUUAUUCUUAUCGGUGAGGGCUGUCACAGAGGUAGAGGUGAGGCAUUGUCAGUGAGGAUUGUACGCACAUCUUCUUCUUGAUAUUAUUAUUAUUAUUAAUAUUAUUCUACUUUUCAAACAAAUAUUGGGAGGAUGAAAAUUGCAUUGGUGGCUUGUGGUUGAAAAUUUUGUUUUCUAUUAUGCUGAGCACAAAUCCAACGCAUCAUCUCAAAACUGAGUUCCCUAGCGGCUUGUAACUGUAGAAGCCCCAUCUGAAGUUCUGUCUUCCUCCUCUGUGAUUCUUACCAACACUUUGGCCACCCCGAUCCAUUAUCUUCUGUAGCACACGUUCACAACUAGGGGUCCUUAUUUGACAUUUCGAUCACAUUCAUUUUUACUGGGACCUGUCGGACAUUAUUUGUGUACCAGAUGUCAUUGCCUUUGCCUCCAACCUUUGGAAAUUACCUCAAUGUCUGAAUCCUACCACAACAUACAGUCCCUUUAACACUUCGUGCGUAUGAUUGUUGCAAUUUAAUGUUUUGCUCGUUGUCAUGUUCACUUGUUGCAUUUGCUGGUUGAGUCCUGGUUGGGACGAUGAUUCAUGCUUUGUUUCAUUUUUCUUAAAAAUAAAAGUUUGAAUCAGUUAAUUUCCUUGUCAUGUCGUGGACUUAAAAGUACAUAUAAUAAAGGUAUCUGUGAAGGUAAUGCGUGCCCACACAUGACUUAUGCUGGUGCCAUAAUUGUUUUCUGGCGGUUAAACAUUAUUUUAUAUCACAUAAUGUAUAUUUUUCUGGCUGUUCUUAUUGAUAUCUGAUGAAGUGUAUACGUUCUUUCUGUUUGUCAUAUUGAUACCUUGUAUAUACGCAAUUGCCUCAUUUUUUCUGUUUAACUUAUCAUAAUGACUAACAACAGGUGGAAAGCGAACGCUGGGAAGCAGUUGGCUCUCUGUUAGUCAAGGAAUUGCUGAGGAUGCUGAUUUAGUUUCAGGUUUUGCGACUGUUGGUGAUGAGACAGUCGAGUAUCCGAAUGACUACUGGGAUUCUGAUGAAUACGAUGAUGACGAUGAUGUUGGAUAUACUAGGCAACCCAUUGAAGAUGAGACAUGGUUUCUGGCUCAUGAGAUUGACUAUCCAAGUGAUAAUGAAAAAGGAACUGGGCAAGGUAGUAUUCCAGAUCAGCAAGCAAGGGUUCAAACUAAAGAUGAGGAUGAUGAUCAGUCCUUUGCUGAAGAGGACUCCUAUUUCUCUGGUGAGCAGUACUUCCAAGCCAAAAACAUUGAUCACGCUGCUUCUUCAGAAGACCCAGUUGGGCUGUCCGCAGGUGAAACAUUUGGCAGAACACGUGAAAAUGACUUAAUAGCUCAUUAUGACGGGCAAUUAAUGGAUGCUGAGGAACUUAAUUUGAUGCGUGCAGAACCUGUCUGGAAGGGGCUUGUUACCCAAUCUAAUGAGUUGGUUUUGUUGGAAAAUGAUCGUGUUUUGAAUGAGAAUGAGCACCCUCAGCCUGGUGUCUUUUGCAUCGAUGACGACCAUCAUGGUUCGGUCAGAUCCAUUGGUGUGGGUAUAAGCAGUGAUGCUGCUGAUAUUGGAAGUGAAGUGCGUGAAAGUUUGAUAGGGGGCAGCAGUGAAGGGGACAUUGAAUAUUUUCAUGGUCAUGAUCAUACUGUUGGAGGACCCGGACAGUCUGAACAUUAUGCAAAUGAAAACUACUUUGACAAGGCAAAAAGGGAUAAAAUAAGAACUGGCAGAAAUGAUUCAGAUAAGUACAUCGUAGACCCUGACAGAGGUCUUAGUAACUCUGCUUUGAGUUAUGGUGAUGGUGGCUUUUCUUUUACACCACCUAUAAGAGCUGAUGAAGCAUUGCACAUGGAACCUCGAAAGUCCUCGUGGUCAUCGAAGGACACUGGUGUGGGUUGUGAUGAUGGAGAUGAGUAUUGUAAUGGUUUUGUGACAAAUGAUGAUAUGCUUGCCACGUGGAGGCAAAAAGGCAAUGAUUCCUCGCUUCUAAAUAUAUCUGGAGGUGAGCAUCUUGCUAAUACUGGUGGAUCGAGAACAUCUACUGGAUCAACAGCCUCACACAAUGAUUAUGCUGAGAAGGAUGAUAUGGAGAGGGAACAAGAUGAUCAAACAAGUGACGCAAGGGAAGAGGACCCAGGGGCAACACUAGAGGAUGAGGAAGCAGCAGCAGUCCAGGAACAGAUAAGGCAGAUAAAAGCCCAGGAAGAGGAAUUCGAAACAUUCAAUCUUAAGAUUGUUCAUAGGAAAAACAGGUAGAGUCUGUUGCCUAGUCUGAUUUUCUCAACUGAUGAACUCGUUUCUCUAUCAUCUGUCUUUUGGUAAUACCUUAUGACAUCCUAUUUAUGCACAGAGUGGUAGUGUUGGUCUUUAUGUUUCGGUCUCUUAUUUACCAUUUUUUUCACUGCUAAUCAGAACUGGCUUUGAAGAAGAAAAAAACUUCCAGGUCGUCCUGAAUUCAGUGAUUGCUGGGCGUUAUCAUGUCACUGAGUUCUUAGGAUCAGCCGCAUUUAGCAAAGCUAUCCAAGCACAUGACUUGCACACUGGAAUGGAUGUUUGUGUAAAAAUUAUAAAGAACAACAAAGACUUUUUUGAUCAGAGCCUAGACGAAAUCAAGCUACUGAAGUUUGUCAACAAGCAUGAUCCUGCUGACAAAUACCACAUUCUCCGCCUGUAUGAUUACUUCUAUUACCGAGUAAGAAUUUCAUUACUAUUGGCAGCCAUAGUCCUUUGCCUUCUUUUUUCCUAUCCCGGGGUCAUUUUCUAUCAUUAUUAUAGCAACAUAGUUUUUUCUCUUCAAGAAUUAUGUAUGAUGAUGAUUGGUCAUUUUCUACAUUUUUAUUCAUUCAACCUCUGAUUUGACAGUAGUCCAUGUUUGUCUAUUCUAAGCAGUUGCCUUUUGUUUCAUUUUGCAUACACAACAAAAAAUGAAAGUAGUGACUUGUCUUCCAUGAAUCACCACCCUGCAUUGCAUGUUUUUCGGUGAUAGUAUUUAUGUAGAACAUCGUUUGUUCACUCGGUCUGACUUAGGCCAAAUCAUGUUACCUGUCCUGUUUUUCAAGUUGUCUAGUAGCUUACUCAGUAGUUUAACCGGAGAUGCAUAUAAAUCCGAGAAAGCAAGAUGGGCUACACUUCUUCGUUCAUUGCUCUUAUCCCGAAGAGCCACAGUGCAUCUAAACUUCGUCUACAAAAUUAAUGUCUUUAUAUCAAGAUGUCUCAUAACAAAAGCUCAUAAAGUUUAUAAUAAGAAAAGAUAUAGUUUAGACUAAGGGACCCACCCUGAGGGGCAAACGCUCUACCAAAGUAGUGAAAGGGACCUUGCUGGACGAGGGAUUUCCUCUCUCUGGCUCACCUCCCGAUUAUGGAGUUAGACAUGAAGAAUUUUAUGACUGAAGUUAUGGAGUGGGGCUUCAUUGACUGAGAACACCUCUUCCUUCUUUCUAUUCUUAAAGAGAAUAUCCCCGGAGGGGGGGGGGGGGAGGGCGGUAACGAUUCAGCUUUUUAAUUAGUCGAAUUUUUACGUUUCGUAAGUCCAUGCGAACACAUCUCGAUAUUCCAAGAGUAGAGAGCCUCGCUGGCGCCUCCACCAAUCACUUCUUUGGUUUAGAAGUCCUUCACCACACACGAAUCAGCUUUAAAUUUGACUGAACAUGGCUCUGCAGGGAAUAUCCUUGUGGAUGCUAUCUGAAGGGUGAUCUUAUAUCUUUCGUUUCGGAAGAAGUUAAACCUCGUCAGUUGACUUCUAAGACUUUAAAAGGUAGUUUACUACUUUUAGAGGGAUUUUGUCCACAGACAUUGUAUGAUCCAGAGACUGAGAUGAGUUUUCCUCCCAGUACUGUUAUCAGUCCACCAUUGACUUCACAGACUGCUAAACGAGCUACAUCUCUUUUCUCAUCUGAUUCUGGUGACUGGUGACAAACUGAUAGUUCCACAGCAUCCUUGAAAAAUCUGAUUCUUAUCUUGAUUCUGGACAAAUCUAUUGGUAGUUUAUGGAUGCGAGCGAUAUGGUCCUACUGCACAUGGUGUUUCCCUUUGUGGCCAUGUUUUCCUGUUUGUGGUCCAAAUUGUUUUGCCUUCUGAUGUAUACCUCUCCUGAACUUGCCGUCUGUUUGUGUGUGUGUGUCCCUUUCACUUUUGUAUCAUCUACUUGUGUAGUGUUGAGUUGGAUCUGGAUAUUUGAUGCCUAGAGAAUCAUUCUGUUUAUAAACUAUUAUAUCCAUUUCCAUGUCUUCUUUCUAUAAGUUCUAGGAAUAUUGCGCAGUUGUCGAUUACUUGAUAAUCCGUGUCUUCUAUGAUAUUGAUAUAAUGAUUGCUUGGCCUAUAGUUCAAAUCAAUAUAUCAUUUUUUACCCAUAAUCGUCUCAUAUUGACAUCGACUCAAUCGAUACAUGCGCCAUCUCGAUGACUGACGAUUGUACUCCUCAUAUGUGUUCAUAUCAGUGUGAUUCUAAUGUUUUCUUAAUCGAAUUACACAAUUAAUCAGUAGUUCUAUUGGUGAAUUUCAUGUGCCCUGGGCUCCUAUUUAUUUGACUGAUUCUUUUCUGUGGUGCAGGAACAUCUGCUUAUAGUUUGUGAACUUCUGAAGGCAAACCUGUACGAAUUCCACAAGUUCAAUCGAGAAUCAGGAGGAGAGGUCUAUUUCACGAUGUCAAGAUUGCAGGUGUGUGUUCUGAUCAUGGAUGAGUACACUGAAAACCUCAGUCUUUGUCUCCUUUUUCUCACAGUUCGCUGAGAUUUUAUGAAUGUUUGGAUCUGCAGUCGAUCACCAUCCAGUGUUUGGAAGCGCUCGAAUUUUUACAUGGGCUCGGUCUCAUUCACUGUGAUUUGAAGCCAGAAAAUAUAUUGAUCAAGAGUUAUAGCAGAUGUGAAGUGAAGGUCAUCGAUCUUGGAAGUAGCUGCUUCGAGACUGACCAUCUUUGCUCAUAUGUUCAGUCACGAUCUUACCGUGCGCCUGAAGUCAUUCUGGGCCUUCCCUACGACAAAAAAAUAGAUAUAUGGUCUCUUGGCUGCAUCUUGGCCGAACUUUGCACCGGCAAUGUAAGCUUGAACUCUCCCCUCGCCCUUGUUUGAUGCGUGCUUUGACUUUUUACCUAUUAUAUGACCUGUCUUUGGAGAUUUUGAAGUGGGUGUUGACCUUUUCUGGCAUAACUGUUCCCUAGAUUCCUUCUGUUGGUGCUUGUCUCUUGGCUCGCUGUUGACUUGCAUACUCAGACCCCUGGAUCCAGUGAAAACAUGCUAUUAAAUGAUACGUACGAAGUCAACACGCUGACUUUGAGUUCAUCUUUUUGCUUCUAUCUUCCGAUUUUAUCCAUUUUUUUUUCUCCGCUGUAAAUCGUCAAGAUAUGGCACGCCAUAACGAGUUCUUCGACCAAUUUUCCUUGUUGGAUCAAAUCUGUCUUUUUUUUUAAAAAAAUAUUUAUUUCGGUCUUCAUGGGUUGAACUGAUAUAUCCUUCUUCAACAGGUCCUCUUUCAGAACGAUUCUCCAGCGACUCUGCUCGCGCGUGUCGUCGGAAUCAUUGGUCCCAUCGAUCAGACUAUGCUGGCAAAGGGCCGAGACACGUACAAAUACUUCACCAAGGGCCACUUGCUCUAUGAACGCAACCAGGUAAGAGAGAGAGAGAGAUGAUAGAUAGAGAGCAAGCGAGAGAGAUGAUAGAUAGAUAGCAAGAGAGAUGGACAGAGAGCAAGCGGAGAGAGAUUGCCAUUAAUGUGAUAGAAGGAGAUGAAUAAAAUGAAUAGUGGGGGCUUGCUGAUUUGGGUUUCGUUCUUCGCAGGAGACCAACCGGCUGGAGUGCCUGAUCCCGAAGAAGACCUCGCUGCGGCACCGGCUGCCGAUGGGCGACCAGGGCUUCAUCGACUUCGUCUCCCACCUCCUGGAGAUCAACCCUAAGAAGCGGCCCUCGGCGGCGGAGGCCCUGAAGCACCAUUGGAUCACCCACCCCUACGAGCCCAUCUCCUCGUGA